AUGAACAACGACAACACAGACUUCCCUAGUUCGUCGAGGCAAGAAAGCUUCGAAAGUUUCAGGCCUCAGAUCACCGUGACCGCCGCCGGUGACGGUGGUGCCGGUCCCAGUGGUUCCCAAGAGGUCAGCCGGAGAAAGAAGAGAAGAAAAAUGUGCCGCUUCGCUGCUGAUCCUAACGAUUCUCCAUUGCAGAAUCCCAAAACAUGGAAGAAGCCUGAGCCAAUUACUCCAAACAUCGCCCGCCCCUGCAGCGAAUGCGGCAAGCAAUUCUCCUCGUGGAAGGCUCUGUUCGGACACAUGAGAUGCCAUCCUGAGCGCACUUGGCGAGGGAUCAAUCCGCCGCUCAAUUCUCGACGUUCGACGGAAAUCCCUUCAGAGAAUCUCUCAGAGAAUUUCACUGAAGAGGAUCAUGAAGUGGCAACUUGUUUAAUAUUGCUAUCUAAUGGACCUUUUGUAACUGCAACUGCUAUGAAUACGCCUUGCUCUGUAGUUGAUAGAGGCUACAGGGACUGCAAUGAAGCACUGGUCUCUUCAGAUAUUGAUGGGGUAGCGGGUCCUUCAGGAUUGAAUUGUCGAUUCGAGUGCUCGAGUUGCAAAAGGGUUUUUGGAUCUCAUCAGGCAUUGGGUGGACACAGGGCUAGCCACAAAAAUGUUAAGGGUUGUUUCGCCAUUGGAGAUCAUGGACAUGACAGGAGUGGAGAGGGAGAGUUGAUGUUGGCUGGAGAAGACAAGCUAGACAUGGGUUUAGGGCACCAAUCCAGCAUUUGUAUGAGGGAGUUCUCUUGUGGGCAGAGGAGGUGUCACUGGGAGAAAGGGAAAGAAGGGUCACCACAACAGGGAUUGAACUUGAAUUCUUCCAUAAAGAGGGAGGAUUGUGGUGAUGAUCUGGAUUUGAAUUUGCCUGCGCCAUUAGAGAAGAAUGGGUCUUCUUCUUCUUCUUCUUCGUCGUCUUCGUCUUCUUCAGGGCUUGUUUUGGACCUGAGAUUGGGAAUAUGA